CUCUUCAACCCGCAGCCAUGGCGAGCCGUUGCUCCAUCGCCGGUCUGAAUCGGCAGAUCCCACUUUCCGCCACGUGGAGGCAGAUAUCAUCACUCGCCUCCUCAUCUUCGCCGGUCGCCGACCUCAAGAGCCAGAUUUUCAAGCUCAAAACUCCGGGCCGGACCACCGCCACCGCCGUGGUUCAAGAUUGGGUCAGUCAAGGCCGCAAGGUCUCCGCCCCCCAACUCCGCGGCAUUUCCAUCCAGCUCUUCAAAUCCAAGCGCUUCACCCACGCUCUUCAGGUUAUAAAAUGUAUCGAAACGCAAAGCAACUAUAGAAUGUCGCCGGUGGAUCAUGUCAUAAGAUUACAAUUGAUAAUCAAAGUGAAUGGAAUGUUGGAAGCAGAGGAGUAUUUUGAGCAGUUGACUGAUGCGGCGUUGCGAAAAGCGGCUUGUGUAGCUCUUUUACACGGUUAUGUUGUCGAAAGGGACGUGGAGAAGGCAGAGGCGUUGAUGCAGAAGCUGGGAGGGUUGGGGCUGGUGGUGAGCCCUCAUUUGUAUAAUGAGAUGAUGAAGUUGUAUAUGGCCACGGCGCAGUUUGGGAAGGUGCCGCUUGUUGUAGAGAGGAUGAGGAGUAACAAGAUGCCGCUGACUGUUCUUUCGUAUAAUCUUUGGAUGAAUGCGUGUGCGAAGCUGUCUGGGGUUGAGAGGGUUGAGAAGGUUUAUAAGGAAAUGGUGAGUGAUGUGAAUGUUCAGGUUGGAUGGAGCACUUUGUCGACCUUAGCUGGUAUCUAUACGAAAGCGGGACUUGUUGAGAAAGCCAAGAUGGCUUUGAUAAAUGCGGAAGAGAAGCUUUCUAACUGUAAUCGUCUUGGUUAUUUCUUCCUCAUUACACAGUAUACGUCUUUGAGGAGUAAAGAGGAUGUUCUACGACUUUGGGAAGCUAGUAAGGGAGUCGCAGGAAGAAUUCCAAGUACUAAUUACAUGCAUAUAGUGUUGUGCUUGGUGAAGCUAGGUGAUAUUAUGGAAGCAGAUAGGGUUUUCAGGGAAUGGGAGUGCAAUUGUUUUAAGUAUGAUAUUCGAGUCUCUAAUGUCCUUCUAGGUGCAUACAUGCGGAAUGGGAUGGUGGAGAAAGCCGAGUCAUUACAUCAGCACACGUUGGAUAGAGGCGGUUGCCCGAAUUACAAGACAUGGGAGAUCCUUAUGGAAGGAAGGCUGAAAAACGAUAACAUGGAGGGAGCAGUUGAAGCAAUGAAACAAGGAUUAGCGGUGUUGCAAAACUGUCACUGGAGGCCAGCAGAUGAUACUGUUAUGGCCUUUGCUGAUUAUUUUGAGAGGCAGGGAAAAUUUGAGGAUGCAAACUGGUAUAUAAGAGUUAUUCACGACUUGGGUAUUGCAAGUUUGCCAUUAUACAAAUCAUUGCUGAGAAUGUGCAAUUCUGCUCAAAGGUCAGCGUCUCUCAUCCUUAAGAUGAUGGAGAAGGACAAAAUUGAGAUGGAUGACGAGAUUUCUGCUCUUGUCCGUGCUCUCAAAGUUUGUGUGUAAGCAGAUGCAAGGCGUGUGAAUAUAAUUGAUGACUACUGCUUUUUGGGUCAUUGUCACCAGACAUAAUACUUGUCAUGGUUUUUUAAGAACCAGGCAGAAAUGGUGGCAAAUUCUUCAACUUGAUCCUCCGGUCAAAAACUGGUGAAAGCCUUUAAAGCGUUCCAGCACUUUAUCUUGAGGUGGGAGGCAUUCUUUAAUAAUUGGAACGUCAAGGACUCUUCUGAAC